GGCUGCGAAGGAGGAAGAAGGAGAGCUGGGCGGCGGCGGCUGUAGGUUGCACGACGGUGGCGGCAGUCCCCAAGGCCGACGAUGGACAGCCAGGGCAGGAAGGUGGUGGUGUGCGACAACGGCACCGGGUUUGUGAAGUGUGGAUAUGCAGGCUCUAAUUUUCCAGAACACAUCUUCCCAGCUUUGGUUGGAAGACCUAUUAUCAGAUCAACCACCAGAGUGGGAAACAUUGAAAUCAAGAAUAACAAAAAGAUGGAUCUAAUGGUUGGUGAUGAGGCAAGUGAAUUACGCUCGAUGUUAGAAGUUAACUACCCUAUGGAAAAUGGCAUAGUACGGAACUGGGAUGACAUGAAACAUCUGUGGGACUAUACCUUUGGACCAGAGAAACUUAACAUAGAUACCAGAAACUGUAAAAUCUUACUUACAGAACCUCCUAUGAACCCAACCAAAAACAGAGAGAAGAUUGUAGAGGUAAUGUUUGAAACUUACCAGUUUUCUGGAGUGUAUGUAGCCAUCCAGGCAGUUCUGACUUUAUAUGCUCAAGGUUUACUGACUGGUGUGGUGGUGGACUCUGGAGAUGGUGUGACUCACAUUUGCCCUGUGUAUGAAGGGUUUUCUCUCCCUCACCUCACCAGGAGACUGGAUAUUGCUGGAAGAGAUAUUACCAGAUACCUUAUUAAGUUGCUUUUGUUGCGAGGAUAUGCCUUCAACCACUCUGCUGAUUUUGAAACAGUUCGCAUGAUUAAAGAAAAACUGUGUUAUGUUGGAUAUAAUAUUGAGCAAGAACAGAAACUAGCCUUAGAAACCACAGUAUUAGUUGAAUCUUACACACUCCCAGAUGGACGCAUUAUCAAAGUUGGGGGAGAGAGAUUUGAAGCCCCAGAAGCUUUAUUUCAGCCUCAUUUGAUCAAUGUUGAAGGAGUUGGUGUUGCUGAAUUGCUUUUUAACACAAUUCAGGCAGCUGAUAUUGAUACCAGAUCUGAAUUCUAUAAACACAUCGUGCUUUCUGGAGGGUCUACUAUGUACCCUGGCUUGCCAUCACGAUUGGAAAGAGAAUUGAAACAACUUUACUUGGAACGAGUUUUAAAGGGAGAUGUGGAAAAGCUUUCUAAAUUCAAGAUCCGCAUUGAAGACCCACCUCGCAGAAAGCACAUGGUGUUCUUGGGUGGUGCAGUUCUAGCAGAUAUCAUGAAAGACAAAGACAACUUUUGGAUGACCCGACAAGAGUAUCAAGAAAAGGGUGUUCGUGUGCUAGAGAAACUUGGUGUGACUGUGCGAUAAACCCCCCAGCUUGUUCCAUCACACCCCUAAUGCUUUUUUUUCCUUUAUUGCCAAUCUUUGAACUCAUUUAACUCCUGGACAUGGAAGAGGCUUCUCUGCCCUUUGACAAGAAAGGUCAAGUUUUAUUCUGGUGUCUUGGGAAAGCUUUGUUAAAUUUUUGUUAAUGUGGGUACAAACACAACAAAAGGGCAAAGGUUCUGUCUUUCGCUUUUUUUCUUCUAGAUAGGCAUUUAGAUCUCCUGUAAGCUUCCUGUUUUCCCUUUACUGCUCUAAUGCUGCUCGUUGUAGUCUUUAGCACACUAGGUGGUCUGCAUUUAUUAGCAUAGGACGCAACUUUACCAGGAGCUUUUCCCUGUUGUUGGGGUGGGGGUGGUAAGGGGUGGGUGGGUGUUUACUUUGCAGUGUGGUUCUUCUAACAGUGACUCCUGCAGCUUUGAGUACCUUCAAGCUUCUCCUGUUAAUAUCUUAGGGAAUGUUGAACUCAAAACACAAGUGUUGGGGUGGGUUUUUGCAUUGGGGGAGGGGGCGGGUUGCCUUGAUUUUAAAAAAUUGGAGGUUUUCUGCUGAGGUACAAAAGAUGAACUUCAUUACAGUACUUUGAUUUGGCUAGUUUACCUCUGGUCUGCCUGGAACUGCUUACCCUAUGAUAUAACAAGCAAGUAUAGUAUUCCAUCACCAUGUGGCUUAGGGAUUUGUUUAAAACAACCAUGUUAGCUAGGACUACCCUUCCUAGACUGUAUUAGUGGAAAAACAACACAUAAAAAUACUUGUAUUAAUUCUAACUACAGAUGUAAAAGAAACACUUAGGAGUUGGUGUUUUCUAAAUGCUUCUAUUUAUUACAGAAUUAUUAAGGUAACCCAGUGCCAAGUACCAUUCCUGGAAAUUUUUAUAUAUAACUAACCAGUCCUUAUGUAAUAAGAAAACAGAUACAUAUAAAUAAUUGCUGGCAGUAGGUUAUGAUUGUUGGGUUAAAAAUAACUUUGGAAUAUGGGACUUGAUGCCAGUUGAGUGGCUUUUUUUGUGGUGGUGUUCAUUUGUUUUGAUUUAAAACCGGAAAGUGGAGUAAAAUUUGACUAUUUUAAGUGAGGCUGCCCCCCCCCCAAAAAAAAUCAGGGUUUAAAUUUGUGCUUGUUCUGAAAUUAAUCACAACUGCUACUAAUUCUCAGUCAUCUUUCAUGUUUGAAAAAAAAAAGUACAGCAUAUUGUAAAAAUAUUAGCACACUUUUGUGCCUAUAUCAAAAAAGUCCUAUUUAUGGGUCCUAUUGGUGUUGCUUGGUACCUAGGGGUAGGGAAAAUCAAUGCCCAGUCCUGAGUUCUUAAUAAAUUUGAAAGAUAAAAUAAUGAGAAGUUGUUACUGUGCUGAGUAUGAAAUGCUGAUUCUAGGAAAAGGGUUUCCUUCCUUGAAAACUUUGUCUACCAACAAUGGGUUUGAAAGAAGUGACUGUGAAGACAGAAAACCCUGGCUUGAGAACCUUCUGAGAAAACCUCAAACAUCACUUUAUUUGAAAUUAGCAAAAGGUUAGCUUCGUUAUUCAGCUUCUGUAAAUCUUGUUGAUCUGUUUUACAUCAAUUGGAACAAGUUGGCGAGGUUUGCAUGCUGGCCAUGCUUCCUGAGAGAGGAGUAUCCCAUAAGAAACAUCUGGAUUGUGGAGACCGGGGCCUCCCAGUCACACUGGAAUUCAGAAGCCUUCCAGAAUCAUGUUCUCUUCUAGGGCUGGCCUUGUUAAAGGACCUGCUGUGAGAAGGCCCCCUACCUGCUGGCUCUUCAAGUUGGGGUAAAUGGAUGGAGUGUUGCCCUUUGGUCAUGAUUUUAAAACAGGAGUCGGAAACGGCAGAGUGGGAUAGACUCAGAGCAUUGGCCCCGUGAAUGUAAAACUUUUAUGAUUCUGCUAGCAAACAUGGCAAUUAAAAUGGUGUAUUUAUAUAUAAAGUAAUUUAGACACUUCAUGUUAUAACUUUCCUGUUCUAAGGUAAAAUAAUGCAUUUAAUAAUAUGGGAGUUGAGCUGGGGUGGGUGGAGUAUUUUUAGUUGAAGUUAUUCGGCAUGUUUCCCUCAUUUUUUUCCCAAUGGUCUUUAAGCUCUUGAGACUCACUGUCAUUUAAAUGUUCAGUAAUGUAAUUCUUUCAUCUUUAAAUUGGAAUUGCCAAUGCCUCAACCUUUCAGAACAAUGUCUUAGAAAUAGGUUCUACAUUUAAACCUUCUCUUAAAUGUAGUAUUGGAUGUGAACUUUACAUAGUUCUGAGCACUGUUAUCUGGAAAAGGGUUUUGAAAGAUCAAUGGAAAACUAGACUUUCUAAGUGGAACAUAAAUAUACUUUUUGAUUCAAAAAAUAAAUGAUUUUUCAAAGUAAA